AUGGCGGGAGUUAAUGAGGAUCUCUGGACAGAUGUGGGUCUUGUUAUCCGGUCAGACGCCUACAGGUUACGUGCUGUUGAAUGGCUAUCUCAGGCCGUCAGAAUUCCAACAGAGACGUUUGAUGAUAUGGGUCCUGUCGGUAGUGACAAUCGCUGGGACGUAUUUGGUGCAUUCCACGACUAUCUUCGUGCUGCCUUUCCAUUGACUCACUCGAAUCUGGAGCUGACGACCGUGAACACGUAUGGGAUAAUCUUCGUUUGGAAUGGCUCCAAUGAUACGAAAAAGCCCUUGCUACUGGCAGGGCAUCAAGAUGUUGUGCCCGUUGACCUAGCAACAAUCGACGAUUGGGUUUAUCCACCAUACUCUGGAUACUACGAUGGCCAGCGAAUAUGGGGCCGAGGAGCGUCCGACGACAAGAAUGGACUAAUCAGCAUCCUAGCUUCUGUUGAAACGCUCCUGGAAGCGAGCUUCGAGCCCACCCGAACCAUCGUCCUUGCUUUUGGAUUCGACGAGGAAUCUAGGGGAGAGAGUGCUAAAAAGCUGGGUGUUGAAUUAGAGAAAAGGCAUGGCAAGGGCGCAUUUUUGAUGAUCAUCGAUGAGGGAGAUGGCUUUGAAGAGAAAUUCGGGACUAUCUUUGCGAUUCCUGCCGUUGCCGAGAAAGGGUACCUAGAUGUCAAAAUCGAGGUGACAACACCCGGAGGACAUUCCUCUCUUCCGCCAGAACAUACGAGUAUUGGGAUCCUGGCGGGUUUGCUAGUUGAAUUGGAGAGCAAACCUCAUCCCAUGCGGCUAGAGAGGCGAUCCCCCGUAUUCCUUACUCUUCAGUGCUUUGCAGACCACGCCGAGGGGCUUCCCGCGUCACUCCGGGAUAGUAUCAAGCGUGCUUCGCACUCAAAGGAAGCACUUCUCGAUCUUGAAAGGCAAUUGGCGGUGGACAAGACGUACGGAAGCUUGAUCGGGACGACUCAAAGCAUCACAAUGAUUGACGGCGGUAUCAAAGCAAAUGCACUCCCCGAGCAGGCUUGGGCUCUCAUAAACCAUCGCAUCUCCACGGAAAGCUCAGUGGAGGAAACGAUGGCAUAUGAUGCGGACACUCUCAGACCUCUUGCACAGGCGUUCAAUCUAACUUACAUCACUUUCGGUGGGAACACGACAGAACAGCGAACAGGGUCAAGUAGGACUUUGAGACUCAGCGAUGCUUGGGGUACAGCCUUAGAACCCGCUCCAGUCACUCCGAUAGACCGGGAGACCAGUCCAUAUGCACUUCUAGCAGGAACGAUAAAGGCGACAUAUAACCUUCACCGAGACCUAACUGGUGACAACAUCGUCGUUAGCCCUGGUAUCCUGGCAGGGAACACAGACACACAGUCGUACUGGAACCUCUCCGAGUAUAUAUUUAGAUAUAAUCACCAAGACUCGUCGAAUGGUGACAUGACCGGCUUGCAUACAGUGAACGAAUAUAUCACCGUGGACGGUUAUAUGGAGAUGAUUCAAUUCUUUGCUACAUUGAUACUUAACGUGGACGAAUCUACACUGCCGUGA